AUGUCUCCAUUCAUGUGUUCCCUGGGUUAUCAGCCCCCCUUGUUUCCCGAGCAAGAAGCCUCUGUGCAGCAACACCUUAGCAGCGGAUCAGAGAGGUGUGGCGGUCAGCCAAGGCUGCGCUCUCGCGCACGGAGGAGCGCAAUCGCAAAUCAGCUGACGCACACCGCACUCCUGCCCCUGAAUACCGUCCUGGCCAGAAGUGACCUGAGCCCUCCGACCGUCGCCCCCGGAUCAUCGAUGACCAUCCACUUUACUGUCUCCAAAAUCCUGGAUGCGACCCCAAGGCCGGGAUUCCAGUUCCUGGUCGACUGGGAGGGUAUGUUGCCAGCUCUCUCCGACUGGGAGGCUGCCAGCUUCUCCCGGGCUGCUCAGUUCCGUGUUGGUGCCACCUUCAUCCUUUUCCUGUUUGCAGCCUGCAGCAACCUCGCCUUAUUGGACCCGGUUCAGGCAGUCCAGAGUUUCCGGCGUGCUGCAGAGAGUUACCAUGUUGCGGCCGUGUUGGAUUUUGCAGCUGUUGCCCUCAAAGAAGCAGGGAGUCACAUGGUCCAAUCAGAUUAGUUCAGCAAUGACGACAUCAUCGGCGUCUUGACAGAGUGUCUGAGUUUGACUGAGAGCAUCUCUGACCUGGGGAUUCUUGGUGAGUUGUACCUGUCAGUGGGAGUGUCUUACUGCCGUCUCAGGUGUUUCCCUGAGGCUGUUCUGACUUUCCGUCAGGCUCUCAGGCCCUCAGCUCAGCAGCCCCCUCUGCUGGCCAAAGUGAUGCACAACCUUGGAGCGGCUCUAAACGCUGAGGGCCAGUACACAGCAGCCGUGACGUACCACCGCCUCGCUGCUGGGCUGUACGGCUCUCUGGGUUGCCGUGGUGACCAGGCACGGUGUUUCAGUAACUUGGCGUUGGCGUGCAGUCAGCUGGGCGAUGAAGAGGAGGCAGCAGAGAGCUUCAUGCAUGCUCUGCAAGGGUUUAAAGACACGGACGACCACCUGGCCCAGGUUCAGGUGUGUGAGGCGUUAGCAGAGUGUUACCUGAGGCAGAGGAAGAAGAGGAAGGCUGUUCAGCUCUACAAGGAGGCUCUGAGCGCACUCACUCACUACCAGGAUCCCUCUAGUCACAUUCGAGAUCGUCUGGUAGAACACCUGACCGCCGCUCUGCAGCAGGAUCUAUACACCCAGAGGCCACGCCCACUCAGACCACACCCUCACAACCCACCUUUGGGACAUCAUGCCAGGAAGAGUGAUGUCACACAGAGUCCAGGCCGAGUGUCCAAUCAGGAACCAGAUCAUGAAGGGAGGGAAGGGCCAGAGCAGGUCACCAUGAGGGGAGGAGCCAAUGUAGCAUCUGGCCUCACCAGCCCAGUACCUCACAGUUCAGAGGGGAACGACCAGUGGCAGAACUGUCGCAGCAGAACUCAGGAGAACGGCUCAGGUGAGCUGUGGUCAGACAGGGAGAACCCGCCCACUGAAAGUGAAGCCUCAUUGGUCCAGGAGCCACAGGCUCCCAGCCCAGGUGUGAUCAAAAAGGCCACGCCUCCUGUAGGCAGGUGGGGAUCUGUGUUCUGUUCAGUGAUGUAGAACCAUUGAUCGUGAUUCCUGAUGAUCAUUCGGAUCAUUAAUUAUGGUUUCCAUGGAAACACUGAGCAUGGGGAGGAGCUUGUCUCAUCAAGCCUUCAAUAAAAAUCGCAGGGUUGUGAAGUUGUCUAGAGGCGUGGCCUUCCAG